AUGACUCCCCGUAUCAAAAGCGUGGCUAUAAUUGGCGCUGGUCCAGCCGGCGCCAUUGCCGUAGAUGCAUUCGCCCAGGAACAGGCCUUUGAUUGGAUCAGGGUGUUUGAACGGAGGGAGAAGGCUGGUGGUUGCUGGAUCUACGAUAACGACGAACCACCACCACUAACAGACUUCGAUGCCCUUUCUUCUCGGACAGCCGACCUACCUGUCCCUGCGCCAGGUUCCCUGCCUGGGUAUUUCCCUCGAUCGAGUCAGAACCGUUUCGACGAUACACCGGUUUACCCAGCGCUAGAAGCGAAUAUUGACGCGGGGAUUAUGCAGUACUCGCAGGAACCUAUCCCUGAAGUUCGAAGCAAGGCAUCAAUUGCAAACCAUGGGCCUGAUACCCCGUUUCGACAUCAUACUGUUAUCCAGCGCUAUAUCGAGUCGCUGGUUAAGCGGAAAGGGUAUAACCGGCUUGUUGAGUAUAGCACCACUGUGGAGAAUGCGGAGAAGAGGGCAAGGGACGGGAAAUGGGUGUUGACGCUGCGGAAACAGGCUCCUGGUCUGGAGAAGGACUACUGGUGGCAAGAGGAGUUUGACGCAUUAGUUGUUGCUACGGGGCAUUAUAGCGUGCCUUAUGUCCCGGUCAUCGAGGGACUAAAGGAGUUCGCGGCAGAGGUGCCGGGGAGUGUGGUGCACACGAAGGGAUUCAGGGAGCCAGACACAUAUCGUGGGAAGCGAGUGGUUACGGUUGGCGCCUCGGUCUCCGGGGCUGAUACAGCAGUGAGCCUGGUUGGCAUCGCUCAGGAUCCGAUUUAUGCGGUUGUUCGGGGCAAGUACAAUGGAUAUUUCGGCGACGAAGCGUUCAAACACCCACAAGUCCAGCGGAGGCCUCCAAUUUCGCACAUUGACGGGCAAGGCAGCAGACGUACAGUACACUUCGAGGACGGCACGUCUGUUGCAGACGUUGACCAUAUUAUCCUUGGAACUGGUUAUACGUGGACACUGCCAUUCUUACCGAAUAUUUCUGUUCGCAAUAACCGGGUCCCGGAGUUAUAUCUGCAUAUCUUCCACCAGCAGGAUCCAACACUUGCAUUUAUCGGUGCCGUUGCUGCUGGGUUCACAUUCAAGGUGUUUGAAUGGCAGUCUGUCCUGGCCGCUCGUGUGUUUUCUGGUAAAGCAACGCUGCCACCACUUCAGGAGCAACGAGACUGGGAGGCUAAACGGAUCGAAGAGAGAGGUGAUGGUGUGAAGUUUACCCUGAUCAGCCCCGACUUUGAGAACUACUUCGAGCUGCUCAGGACGUUGGCUACAGAGCCGAAGGAUGGAGAACCUGGAAGACGACUGCCCAAGUUCGAUCCAGCCUGGGUCCAGCAAUUCGCUGCAAGUCAUCAGAGACGUAUAAACAUGUGGAAGCGAGCCAACGAGGCAGCGAAGCAGGGUAUAGUCUCAAAGCUGUAG